GUGGCCCCGGUGACUGAGAUGGCAUCGUCUCUAAAGAUCUGGGGCACACUCUUGGCCCUGCUUUGCAUCCUAUGCACACUGCUUGUACAGAGCAAAGAAGUUUCUUGGAGAGAAUUCAUGAAACAGCACUACUUAAGUCCAAGUCGAGAAUUCAGAGAGUACAAAUGUGAUGUCCUCAUGAGAGAAAAUGAAGCUCUGAAAGAAAAGAGCUCUCACAUGUUUAUCUAUAUCUCAUGGUACAAAAUCGAGCAUAUAUGCACUAGUGACAACUGGAUGGAUCGCUUCCGAAAUGCGUAUGUAUGGGUCCAGAAUCCUCUCAAAGUACUCAAGUGUCACCAGGAGAAUUCCAAAAAUAGCUACACAGAGAGCAGGAGCUUCAACUACAUUGAAUUCCAUUGUAGCAUGGACGGGUAUGUUGAUAGCAUAGAAGACCUAAAGAUGGUAGAACCUAUCAGCAACUAGAAAGUCUAUGCACAUCCUCAGGUAUUGGUAGAGUAUUCAGUGCUUUUAAGUAGCGGCCCCUGCCUCCAUCUAUAGUCCUACCACUCCCCUCUUGCAUUUAUUUGUCAAUGUUUUCCAAAUACUUAGAGUUAUGAAUAGCAUAAUUUCUUGAUACCAUAACUUUGCCUGUGUUGUUUCUCUGCCUGGAAUACACUUUUGACUUCAUUUACCUAAUUUAUUCUUAUACUUUUGUCAACAUUCAGCUCAUAUGGCAUCUGUUCUUGACUAACCCAAGACUUUCCUGAUAUUGACUCUCUUGAUACAUACCCAAGCUGAACAAUCUUCCCUUCCCUAAAUAAAUUAUAUGACUCCAAUGUGUGUGACAUUCAUAUAUGUUAUGUGCACGGAGUGAGUAUAGUGUGAUUGAUAUGGGUGUGUGUGAUCUAGACUAUGCAUGUGAUUGAUGCUGUGCAAGGGAUUGAAGGUGCAUUUUAUGGGUGCAUAUCUAAUGUAUGUAAUAUGUUUGUGUAU